CUCAACCCCACUCACCCCGCCUUAAGUUCUGUAGUUUUGUUCGACAGUCAUUAUUAUCAGAUUCAAUAUCUUCAAGAUGCGUGAGAUUGUCCAUAUACAAACCGGCCAGUGUGGCAACCAAAUCGGGUCUGCUUUCUGGCAGACAAUUAUAGGCGAACAUGGCAUCGACAAUGAUGGCGUGGCGACUGAAGCAUCGGAUCAACAACUCGAGCGGCUGAAUGUCUACUUUAACGAGGGAAGCACUAAUACAUACGUCCCCCGGGCUGUCCUGGUCGACCUGGAACCAGGCACGAUGGAUGCCGUCCAGUCAGGCCCAAUGGGCCGUCUAUUCCGCCCCGAUAACUUCAUCUUUGGACAAGCCGGUGCAAGCAACAACUGGGCCAAAGGCCAUUACACGGAAGGUGCUGAAUUAGUAGAAGAGGUUGUUGACGUUGUUCGUCGUGAGGCCGAGUUCUGCGACUGUCUGCAGGGCUUUCAAAUCACGCAUUCUCUCGGUGGAGGGACCGGAUCGGGGAUGGGCACGCUGUUGACAGCAAAGAUCCGAGAGGAAUUCCCAGACCGGAUGAUGGCGACAUUUUCCGUUUUUCCAUCGCCAAAGGUCUCGGAUACGGUUGUUGAGCCGUAUAAUGCGACCUUGUCUGUUCACCAGAUGGUGGAGAAUAGCGACGAGACGUUCUGCAUUGACAAUGACGCUCUAUCCAGCAUUUGCAUGAACACACUCAAGAUUCCAGCCCCAUCCUAUGGCGAUUUGAACCAUCUUGUGUCGACGGUCAUGUCGGGCAUCACCACCUGCUUUCGAUUCCCAGGCCAGCUCAACUCGGAUCUGCGCAAACUGGCCGUAAAUAUGAUUCCGUUUCCUCGUCUGCAUUUCUUCAUGGUCGGCUUUGCGCCUUUGACCAGCCGUGAUUCCAGAUCGUUCCGUGCGAUCAAUGUCCGCGAGCUUACGCAACAGCUCUACAGCCCAAACAACAUGAUGACAGCAGCUGAUCCCCGAAGUGGUCGUUUUCUAACGUGCUCCACCAUCUUUCGAGGCAAAGCAUCAAUCAGCGAAAUCGAAGAACAAAUGCGCAAAAUCCAAGACCGCCACUCUGCAUCAUUCGUGGAAUGGAUCCCGAACAACGUCCAAACGGCCGUCUGCUCUGUCCCACCCCGAGGACUCAAGCUAUCGUCAACGAUUGUAGGAAACUCGACUGCGAUUCAGGAAGUAUUCAAGCGAAUCAGUGAUCAAUUCGCAGCCAUGUAUCGACGAAAGGCAUUCCUGCAUUGGUAUACAGCCGAGGGAAUGGAUGAGAUGGAGUUUACAGAAGCCGAGUCAAACAUGAAUGAUUUAAUUGCUGAGUAUCAGCAGUAUCAAGAGGCGACGGCUUUUGAUGAGGAGGUAUAUGAAGAUGGGGUAUAUGAGGAAUAAGUAAAUACUGCAAUACUGCAAUAAUGAGUCAUGAAUUAUGAAUACCAAUAUUCCAUCAACAAAAACCGAUCAACAUGUCAUUCACUACGCAUUCAAACAGACACACUACUAUACUCUCUGUUCCUCAGGCGAGGUAUCCUCUCCAGACGCAUCGGGAUACGGUCCGAAUAUUGGGAAAUGAAUAACUUGGCGUUUGUGGAAAACUCCUGUGGGAUAGUCUUAGGGUAUCUGGUUCGAAGAAUGAAUACGAGAGUGAGAGUAAAUGGACAAAAAAAGUGUGGGAUUCGGAUGGGAGAAUCCGGUGUGGAAGAGCCCAAUGAUGCAAUUUACGAGAUUGGAGAUGGACUCUUGAUGAUUUAUAGUUUAUUUAGGAUCAAUUAGAUGAAGGUUAUGGUUAUUUCUGGGUCUUGGUUUACUCGAUUUGGUGCCAAUCUGCGUAUACGAGGGUCCGCUUUUACGAUGGCGUCGAUAUAAAUAUGGUCUAUACGAG